AUGGGUGAUGCAUAUUCCAAAGUACUAGCUUGUAUUGAUACCGAACAAGAACUUAUUCGACGUGUUGGUUCCUGGAUUGAUCUUAAAAAUCAAACUCAAUUUUAUACAUGGUGUAACAACGGGAAUUAUUCCAAACAACUAUCUCGUUCGACAGCUCUUUUUCUUGCUAAUCAUAUUUUAGCGAACUAUGUAGAAUUUGAAAUAUUUAAUGAAAGCAAACAAGACAUGUUACAACUGUGUCGCGCCCAGUACAGUCGAAAUCCAUUGGAAUUAAAAAAUAUUAAAGAAUUCGAGUUAACCUAUAUGCCAUCAGAUGCGAUUAUGUGGUAUACAUGUGCUUCAUUCGUUCAUAAAAUGAUCAAUCGAGCCUUGCGAUCAUUUGACGAAAUUAAAUUACGAGCUAUGACCUUCUUCAUUCGAGAUUUACGGCAACAACUAAAAGAUUCCUACCAAAAUUUGAAAUUGACGACUAAUAUAACGGUUUAUCGUGGCGCAUGCAUCUCAACGGAUCCUUUAACAAUAGUUCAAAUACCUGAAGGUGAAGCGAAAUUAUCAUACUAA